AUGCCAGCUCCACAGCAGGCUCCCCAAUGUCCGACAUGCAAUAAGCCAAUCGCAUUCAGUCGAAACGAAUGCCCGUUUUGCCACAAGUCCUUUUCAAGGGUUGACGCCUCGACACGACACGCUCGAUCUUGUCCAGCUCGAAAAGGUCGUGCUUUGCUACGGCAUAUCAAGCCAGGUAAAAAGUCUCGCGCUUGUGAUAAUUGCGCCAGGUUGCAUCUUUCCUGUAACGCCGAGGCCCCCUGUGCUAGGUGCUCAGCUAAGCACGUUGCUUGCAAUUACAGUACCUUGUGUCAUGAUAUUUCACAUAGGGCUGUUGCCUGCGAACUACCCAAGGAUGGCCGCCACAGCUUGUCAUUUCUGCUGCAGGCCAGUGACCCCAGUCAUAACUCUAUGGAUGUUAACGUGGCUGCCGAGCCCGAAAGAACUCUGGAAGAACCAACCUGGAAUUGCCAAGAGUCAGAAACAACGGGUUGGGUUCCAGGAACCGUUGAUCCGAAGUUUCUUCUAUUGAAUCUAUCAGAUAUGCUACUGGACGAGCCUCUAGACUACGAAAGCACUGAAAGCGAUUUUCAGUUUCAGAGCAUCUUCAAUCCUCCUUCUGCAACAAAUACUCUUACGACACGAGUUGCAGCACUAUCGAGCAGUCUCCAAGGCAUGGCCACCAACAAGCCUCACCUGAAAGAAGAACUAAAUUACAGUCUUCAAAGAGGUUUCUUCACCGUGUCUCAUUUUCAAAACGCCUUUAUCAUCUUCUUCCGUCGAAGGCACUACCACAAGCCCCCAAUCCACUGGCCGACUUUCGAUUUGGACAAAAUUGCACCUCAUUUGCUGCUGGCUGCCGUGCUUACCGGAACCGCCUAUCUUCAAUAUCUCGACCGUUCGUCUCAAAAUCCUCUCACUGCAUCUUUACUGGAGGUUGCAGAGAAGUACAUAUUCAAAGAGGUCAAGAGACUGGCGGAUCAAAACAUGACUCCCCUUGCAUCAACACACAUGCUUGAGGUGUGUCAAGCUGCGGUUCUGAUUAAUAGUCUUGAAGGCAGCACAAAUCACAUCGAAGGCCGUCGAAGAAUUGCUAGCAAGCGAAUACCAGCAUUACUUGCUGUGUUGAGGAAGGCUGGCGUGGUUGGCCUCAAGCAUGAACCGCACCAAGGAGAGAUGGGCUGGGACAGUUUCAUCCAUCGAGAGACUUGCAUCAGAGUUGUUUCAGGGACAUUCGUCAAUGAUUCACUCAUGAGUUUGUUUUGCAAUCACCCACCAGCCAUGACAGUGAAGGAGAUGACUGGACAUAUUCCUUGUCGGAGCGAGUUAUGGGAGGCAAAUUCAAAAGCUUCUUUCCAACAGCAUAUAAAUAACCCAGCAGGAUCAUAUCCACUGUCGUGUAAUGAAGCUGUAUCUGGACUACUUGCACAAGAUUGGACGUGUUCAACAAAGGAGUCUUUUGGAAGAUUAAACAUAUCGGAUCUGUUUUUUAUCAGCGGAGGUCUCAUGCGACAUGUGUUUCACUGCCGCACAUCAGUGGUGACGCCCGAUUACACUGCCAUGGUUCUACGUGCACUUGACAGAUGGGAUUACCUUUGGGUAAAUGCUUUAGCGCGGGUUCCUGUGGAUGAAAGAAGAUGGCUUGGGAUCGCAAGGCAUUCUCCUGAAGUGGUGGCUAUCUUGAGACGAACGAUUGAGCUUAGCGGGACGAAAGAAGCAGGGAAUUCUGCCUAUCUACAGUGCGUUGCUACAUACGACAGUGCCAUCUUUCAUGAAUUUGUUCAGAAGUAUGGGCUGCGAGAGUCUGCAACCUCGGGGAGGUAA